AUGAAAAUGCUAUGUAUUCUUUGUUUCUAUUUAUUAAUUGCUGUUGGUCAUGGAAUGAAUUAUGAUUUUUUAUUGGCCGAUGGACCGACACAUGCAAGUUCAAAUAAUACAUAUUAUUUUCCGUAUGGCGAUCCAAAAUAUGGCAUAGAAUUCAAAUUGUUAAAAGUGGAUCCAAAUACAGGUCUCUGGAUAAUAUUAUUGCGUGGUAGACCUGGUGAUACUGUAGGCACACAUCGUCAUUAUGGUGAAGUUUACGCUUAUACAUUAAAGGGUGCAUGGGGUUAUAUUGAACAUCCUGAAUGGAUAUCAAAAUCAGGAGAUAUUAUACAUGAAGCUCCUGGAUCUGUUCAUACAUUUUAUAUUCAUCAAGAUUAUGGCGAUACUGAACUAUUAGCUUUUCUUUGGGGUCCACUUGAAUAUUUAGAUGAGUUUGGCAAUACAAUCGAUAUAGAAGAUUGGAGAUCAAUAUUAAAAAAAAAUGUCGAUUAUUGUCAAAAAAAUAACUUACCAAUUGUCGAUGUUACUUAUCCAAAACAAAAAGUUAAAGAUGUAGAAUUUAAUAAAAAUAAAAAUAAAAGUGAAUUAUAA